CUUUAGGUUUUCUUAUCCAUAUGUAAUCCUAGCCUUCUGGAUUUGCAUUUAGAAUGAGUCCAAGAGACCAAGCAUUAAUUUAAUCCCUUUUGUAUGCCAUGUCCUGCUCUGAGCAUUUAUUAACUAGUGAUUCCUCUGGAGGACCUAUGAUACUAUUAUUAUCGCCAUUAUACGAAUAGUUAAUUGGCAAAUUGAGGACCAGGUGCUGAGCUAGCAUCACACAGCCAAGAAAUGGAUGAAGUCGGAUGGGAAGCAGAAUUCCGGCUCCAGUAGCCUGUGUUCCAGCCCACUGUGCAAACAGCAUGAUGCUUGGCUCCUCUCCAGGAGAGCCGCCAGCCCAGCCUCGAGAUGGCCUACGUCCCUGCGCCAGGCUACCAGCCCUCCUACAACCCGACUCUGCCCUACAAUGCACCCAUCCCGGGUGGCCUCAGCAUCGGAAUGUCAGUUUAUAUCCAAGGAGUGGCCAACAAGAACAUGAACCGAUUCUCUGUGAACUUCGUGGUGGGAAGUUCCCCGGGGUCAGACAUUGCCUUCCACUUCAAUCCCCGCUUUGACGGCUGGGACAAGGUGGUCUUCAACACGAAGCAGGGCGGCCAGUGGGGAGAGGAGGAGCGCAAGAAGAGCAUGCCCUUCAGCAAGGGCAACGCCUUUGAGCUGGUCUUCAUGGUCCUGGCCGAUCACUACAAGGUCACGGUGAACGGAAAGCCCUUCUAUGAGUUCAAGCACCGGCUCCCCUUACACAUGGUCACUCACCUGCAAGUGGAUGGGGACCUGCAGCUUCAGUCGAUCAACUUCCUCGGAGGCCAGCCUGCCCCGAGCCAGAGACCCAUGGGCAUGCCGGGUUACCCUGCUCCUGGGUAUGGUCCUCCCCAGAUGCAGAUGAACAGCCUGCCCGUCAUGACGGGACCCCCAGUCUUCAACCCGCCUGUGCCGUAUAUGGGGAAACUGCAUGGGGGGCUCAGCGCCCGAAGGACCAUCAUAAUCAAGGGCUACAUACCCCCCACAGCCAAGAGCUUUGCCAUCAACUUCAAGGUGGGGUUCUCCGGGGACAGAGCACUGCACAUUAAUCCCCGCCUGUCUGAGGGCAUCGUGGUCCGAAACAGCCAUCUGAAUGGCUCAUGGGGCUCCGAGGAGAGAAAUCUCGCCUUCAACCCAUUCCGCCCAGGCCAGUUCUUUGAUCUCUCCAUUCGCUGCGGCAUGGAUCGCUUCAAAGUUUUCGCCAAUGGCCAGCACCUCUUUGACUACUCCCAUCGCCUCCCAGCCUUUCAGAGUGUGGACACGCUGGAAAUCCAUGGUGAUGUCACCUUGUCCUAUGUCCAGCUCUGAUCUAUUCCUGGGCGCAGUUCUGGGAAAAUAAGAAAGAUCCUCUAGGAUUCCUUUCUAAGCCCCUAAUAAAAUGUCUGAGGUGGUCU